AUGUCAGAUGAGAAAUCCCGUAUCGUACAAGCAUUGAGUACUAUGUAUAGUAAUGCUGACGCUAGUGUUAAGAAGGAGGCAACCAGUUAUUUGGAAGACUUUCAAAAAUCACCAUUGGCAUGGGAAACAACGCAUGAUAUAUUGAAUGAUUCAAAUCAAUCAGUAGAAGUUAAAUUGUUUGCUUCACAAACGUUGAGAUCAAAAAUUGUAUACGACUUCACCCAGUUACCUCAAUCAUCAUUGGAAGAAUUGAAGAAUUCUGUGAUUGAAAUGAUUUUAAAGUAUUCCCAUAUUAGCAGUGAUAAAUUGAUUAGAACUCAAUUAUGUAUAUCAUUAUCACAUCUUGCAUUACAAUAUACAUCGUGGCAUAAUGCCAUGCAUGAAAUAAUCAAUAAAUUCUCAAAUGAUAAUGAAAAGUUACCAUGUUUACUAGAAUUUUUAAAAGUUUUACCCGAAGAAUUAAGUGAUGUUAAAAAAACAUCACUUACCGAUGAUGAAUUUAAUUCAAGGACUCAAGAAUUAAUAUCUAAUAAUGUUGAACAAGUUGUAUUUUUAUUAUCUAAAUUGAGUGAAUCAUCACAAAAUAUUGUAAUCAAUUCCUUAGUAUUAGAUUGUCUUAAUAGUUGGAUAAAAGAAUGUCCAAUUGAACAAAUUUUACAAGUUACUUCAUUAACAAAUUUGAUUUUCCAAUCAUUAUCAAAUGAUGAAAGUUUUGAUAAAUCAAUUGAAUGUUUAUGUACUAUAAUGAGAGAAACCAGAGAUAUUGAAAACCAUGAAUUAAUUGAUGCAUUAUAUCAAAAAAUCUUAGAAUUACAUCAAUAUAUGGUUUCAACCAAUAAAUUCAUUGAUGAUAUUGAAAUCACUGAUGGAUUAACAAGGUUAUAUGUUGAAUCAGGAGAAUCAUGGCAUGUAUUAAUUGCUAAAAACCCUCAACAUUUUAAACCUUUAGUUAAAAUCUUGUUGGAUUGUUGCAAAAACGAUGAGGAUUUAGAUAUUGUUAAAUAUACUUUUAAUUUUUGGUAUAUUUUAAGACAAUUAAUUGAAUUAAGAAAUUUUGAAAAUUCGAAAUUAGAAUUCCAAGAUAUUUAUUCUGAAUUAAUUGAAAUCAUAAUUAAGCAUUUAACUUAUCCAAUUAGUGAUUCAACUGAUUUAUUUAAUGGUGAUAAAGAACAAGAAGAUAAAUUCAAAGAAUUCCGUUAUGAAAUGGGUGAUGUAUUGAAAGACUGUUGUGCUGUUAUUGGAGGUACUAGAGCAUUAAAAAUACCAUUUGACAAGAUUCAAAAUUUUUUAAAUAGUUCUCAACAACCACAUUGGCAAUAUUUAGAAGCCCCAUUAUUUUCAAUGAGAGCCAUGGCAAAAGAAGUUAGUAAAAAGGAAAAACAAAUUUUACCAACCAUUAUGCAAUUAUUAAUUCAAUUACCAGAACAUCCAAAAGUUAGAUAUGCAGCAACAUUAGUUUUGGGUAGGUAUACCGAAUGGACUUCUAAAAAUCCCGAAUUUUUGGAACCUCAAUUAAAUUAUAUUAUCAAAGGUUUUGAAAUUGAAGAAUCAAAUAAUGAAUUGAAUAAAGAUAUUUUAAUUGCUGCAUCUCAUGCGUUAAUGUUUUUCUGCCAAGAUUGUUCGGAGUUAUUAAUUAAUUAUUUGGAGCAGUUGUACUUAUUAUAUGGACAGGUACAUUCAAAAUUAGAUACUGAUUCAAUUUAUAAACUAGUUGAUGGAUUGGCCCAUGUAUUACAAAAAUUACCAAUUGAAAAUCAAUAUGAAACAACUAAGAUGUUUUUAAAUCCAACAAUUAUUAAAUUAAAAGAAGUUAUUGAAAAAUUUAAUAAAUCAGAAGAUUCAAAUGUAUUAAUUGCUGAUCAAAUUGAAAUCUUGACAAUUUUCAUGAGUAUUUUAAGAUGUAAAACUUAUGAAGCCCAGACUUAUCCAAUUGCUAAUUUAUAUAUGGACGAAAUAUGGCCUAUUAUACCAAUACUAUUGAAAAACUAUGGGGAAUCUUUGAAAGUUAGUGAACGAGGAUUAAAAUUAGUAAAAUCAAGUAUACAAAGUUUUUCAACCUAUUUAAAUCCAAUUUUGGGAGAAAUAGUAUCAUUAUUACAUCAAGGAUUCCAAACCACCCCCUUUGGAUGUUACUUAUGGGUUUCUGGUGCAGUAAUCAGAGAAUACGGAGAUGAGUAUACAACCGAAGAAGUUAAACAAGAAAUUUAUAAAUUUGGUAUUGGACAAAGUUAUUCAUUUUUCCAAUUCAUCAAUCAAGGAAUCAAUAUGAACGAAAUCCCCGAUGUCAUUGAAGAUUAUUUCCGGAUGAUGAGUGAUUUAUUAAUGUAUUUCCCCUUUAAGUUAAUUCCAGAAUCCGAUUUAUUAAAAUCAGUUAAAGAAUCAAGUUUAAUCGUUUUACAACAAGUGGACGAAUUCGAACCUUUGGUAAGCACUCUACAUUUCUUAAUUGAUCUUGUAUCCUGGGGGUUUGAUAAUCCACCAGUUUCAUUUUUCGAAGAAAACCCAAUUUUCAUCAAGGAAACUGUUCAAAAAUUUUUGAUUUUUGAAAAUCAAGGUUGUGAAAUACUAAAAGUCUUGAUACAUGGUUCAAUUUUUAAGUUCCCCAACGAUAUUCAAAUCGACGCCAAUGAUUUAUUAAUAAAAUUACUAACGGUGAUUCCUGAUUCCACUUUAUCCGUAGAGUGGUUAACUUCCGUUAUAAAAUUAUUGCCAAACGUUAACGAACGGGAAAUUACAAAAUUGAUAAAAGUUAUUCAAGUGGCAAUUCCAAACAAAGACACCAAAAGGAUAAGAACUUCGUUAAAAGACUUCAUUAAUUGGUAUUCUAGAAAAAAUGUCAAUCCAAGAUUAGAACAUUAG